AUGAAGAUCACCAUCAUAACAUUUUGCCUCAUUGGAGCAGUUUUUGCCAACCCAAUUACUUUCAAUGCCCUCCUGGACACAAGUGAGCUUGAUUCGAACUCGACUGAAAGUGCGUCUGUUUCACAAUCGUCUGAAAAUAACACCUCAGAGCAGAGCUCUGAAGAAAGUAACUCAAAUCAAAGUUCAGAGUCAGAAUCUUUAGAAUCCACAUCAGAGGACAAGACAUCGGAGGAGAGUGACAGUCAGUCAGAUGAACAGAGUGAAUCGAUGACUGAAACCAGAGAUAACAGCAUGAGCAGUGAGGAGAACGUCCGAAGGAGUUGGGUCCAAGUCUUUCAUGUCAUGCAAGACCUGAGCGGCGAGGACAACAGCAGUACCGAGGUCAAAGGUCAAGGGGAGCAGCUGAGCACCCUGGAGCCUACCAAACAGGAGGCCGGCUCCACUGAUCUAAACCAGGCCCAGGUGGAUAAUCCCAGCAGCAGCAGUGAAAGCUCAGACACCAGUGAGGCCACCACUGCUCCCACCACCAGCGAGAGCAGCAGCAGUGAAAGCAACGAGACCAGCGAGAGCACCGAGAGCACCGAGGACAGCGACAGUGCCGAGGUCCAGCAGGUGAAAACCAGUGACUGUGUGAAUGGAACCCAGAGCUGUGAAAGCGAAGAGUACUUCUUCCACGAUAUAGGAGACGACGCCCACUACGGUGGGGACAACCUGAUGGUGCCGGACGACGACGAGCGGGAGCUGACUCUGCGCAGAUGA